AUGGCUACAAAGCCCAACACGUUUGCCACACUGCUGACAUCCGAUGAUUUUUUGAUGGCGGUUCAGGCACUGGCGGCAUCGCUGCGGGCCUGUACUUUGCAAACGCUGCCGCUGCUGGUUCUGCACACAAGCCAAGUAUCGCGUGGUGUUCAAUCGCGACUGGCGAGUGAUCCAUCAGUCCAGUUGCGGCUGGUAGAUGCCAUACCAAAUCCUCACAAAACAGACGUGUCCGGAUGGGUAAAUUCUGGUUUCACGAAGCUCCGCGUUUGGGAACAAGUCGACUUCGAGAAGAUCGUGUAUGUCGAUGCCGAUUGCAUCGUAUUGGAAAACAUCGACGAGCUCUUUGCGCAUGCCUGUCCUGCGUUCUGCCCAGACGUCUUCCCACCCGACAAAUUCAACGCGGGCGUGAUAGUGUUGGAGCCGAACCUGUCCGUUUUCCAGGACAUGAUGGAUAAGAUGCUUGUGCUGCCGUCCCACGAUGGAGGCGACACGGGCUUCCUGAACGCCUUCUUCCCUGACUGGUACCUGUGGCCUCCGGAGCAACGGCUGCCAUUCCGGUACAAUGCUCUACGUACCAUGCACUGGUUGACACGCGCCAAUCCUGGGUACUGGGAAUCAAUACAGCCUGUGAAGGUGCUGCACUUCUGCUCGUACCCGAAGCCCUGGGACAAGGAGGCCAAGAAGGGAGAUUUGGAAGCGCUCUGGUGGGAACACUACUUGAAAUCGCAGAUGCCGUUUUGA